AUGAGCUGCGGGCCCCUGCCUCCCGUUCCCGAUCUUAUCCCGAUUUCGGCCCUGCGAAGGGCAUCGCCGUCGGCCAGCGUGCACCGGGAGUGCAUCCGUGCGGUAGUGAGAUCGGCGGAGGUUAUGGGCGAGCAGCGCUCCCGGCGGACGGCCAACAAACCCGCCGCCGACCUGAUCGAUAGCGGCGCAGGGUCACGUGGCCUCGGCGCCGCCCCACAACCACCGCAGACCCAGAAAGCGAGGUCGGAGCGUCACCGUAAAUCAGACAGACGACGCGAGCAUCGCAAACCGGGCAGGACGCGAUCCGACAGUAAACAAGGCCCAGGCGCCCGCCACAACAACCCCAACGCUGCGAACGACUCGCCCGAGAGGCCCGCGAAUCCGCGCGUCAAUCCGAUUUUCGUGUUCGUACGGCAGGUGGACACUCGCAUCGUGGACGUGAAAUGCGAGGACUACGACAAAAGAAACCGCAUAGUCCUCACGAAGACGGCCCAAGGUUGGCGCGCCAUUCCCAGGACAGAGACCCUCGUCCCCGGCCUGAAGGAGGCGGCUGACGCUGAACACCACUCACAUCAUCGGCACCACCAUCAUAAGAGCAAAAAGAGCAAGCGGACAAAAUGUCGCAGGAAGUCCACGGCCGUCCAAGUAGAGGCCGAGAUGCAGACGUCCGAACCGGAAGAGGAACCCAAGGACGAAUUCGUCGCCGAGCCGCAGGAAGACCUCACAUGGAUGGCGCCCGUCAACAUUGAAUCCCUCUUGCCGUCCCACAAAAUCCGGGUGAAAAAAACUCCGGAUCGUUCUCCAGAACGGGACCCGUCUAAUGUAAACAGUGCCGCGUCUGAUGAUACGCAGACUCAGACUAAGUGCAGUGUCGACCAAAUAAAUGACGUCAGUCCUCUUGACAAUUUAUUAGCCGUAGCCGAGUUAGAGUUCAACCAGCAAAUGCAGACCGACGAAUGGAACAAAAACAUUGAUCCAGACAUGUUGGAUAAUCAAGACGGUAACCUAGAUAGCGCGAUCAAAUUCGACGACUCAAUGGGAGACGACUCCAAACAAUACAUGGAGCAAAUCAACGAUCUCAUUGAGUCUUGUUCGAACAACAAUCAAAAGGGGGAGGACUCCAACGAUUUUCUCAAUAACGUCACCAAAGAAGAGUGCGAUUAUAACGAGGAAGAAGACAACAACAUCGCCAUGGAUGACAUCCUGACGCGACUAGAACAAUCCUUAAGAAGUCCCGAGUGCAAUGACGUAAACAAAAUUGUAAGUAUGUCGACGGAACCUCCAACACAAGCACCAGCAAAGGAAGAUAUCGAGUGUUACGCCAUCGAUGUCAACGACAACAAUUACAAAUCCGUACCUGAAUUUGAGUCGUUCUUCGACGAAAACGAGCUGAAAUGUUCCGACAACAAAUCCGAAACGGAAAAGCCCACCACCAAACCAAACACUGACCCGGUAGUCGAAUCGUCUACCACCCAAGAGGAACUACCCACAGACCUAUCAAUCAAAACAACACAAAAUCCGGAACCAAUAAUUCCGGACGUACCAACCGACUUGUCGAUACCCAAACACAAACCACUAACACCACCUCCCCCUUUAACAAUUCCCAGGUCGCCCUCGCAAAAUUCCGAAGCGAUACAAUCGCCACAACCUAGCGGAAUCCCUGCAGUACCUCCGUCACCGGACAUAAUGCCAAGUGCCACGCCCACCAGCAAGACCAAAGCGGUGUUUUUGGAGUCGUUGCUGUCGAAUAAUAACAAUCAAAAGAUUGCUCUGAACUCAGAGGUGACAAUCAUCCGACAGAACGAGCCUUUGGAUCUCGGUAGGUGUAGGAAAUCGGCCAGUCCGACGGUCACGUGCUCGGAGGAAGCGACCGAUUGCAUAGAACCACCAACCAAGAAAUUCAAACCAGAGAACAUUACGUUGAAGACUUUAUUGGAUGCGGAAAGUUCGAAGGCGGAGAGCGAAAAGACUGUAGAAAAAAUCCCCGACACGCCUAGGUUGUUGGAGUUGCUCAAAACUGAUUCGGAACCUGACCCACUGACUCAGUUGAGGCAGAUUGUGAACGACACGAGCGUGAACGUGCCUGAUCCCAUGUUGGUACCGAAGGAGAAGCUGAGUUCGAUCAUUUCACACCCGGGUAAAGAGAUUCCGAAGCUGUUGAAGCAACGUCCGGAGCUGAGGUUGCCGGAAGCUUUGGCUUAUCCACAUUUGUUGCAAGAUCCUGAUAUUCUGGUCAUCACGUUGCAGCAAUUGGAGACGAUAAUCAUGAAGCAGGGACCGUCUCCAGCUUUGAAAGAGGCGGAACAAGAGAAAGUGGUGGAGAAACCUGCGCAAGAGAAACCUGCGGUGGAAGUCGUUAAACAGGCGUCCAAGAAAAAGCCGGAAGUUUCGAGUAAAGCUUCGUCAUCUUCAACGGAGGGUAAUUCGAAAUCUGGUAACAUUGCAGAGUUGGCCAAUGACAUAGAUGCAGCAACCACUGCUGCGUUUAAUCAAAUGAUGUGGUUGCCAUAUUUGAACCAAUUGGAAGCUAUGUCCUUUAAUAACAAUCCUGAACUGAUGAAGAUGUUCGGUAAUACAAUACCUCCAGUUUAUCCUGGACAAAUGCACGACAUUCAUAAUUUGUUUAUGAAUAACAAUAACAGAUUUCCUCCGCCUAUGAAUUUCCCAAUGCAACCGCCCGUUAACUUCAACAACCCUUUGGAAAUGUCCAUGUGGCAGGAGGCUAUGAUGCAAGCCAACAUGUUAAGACCUAAGAAUCACUUCGAUAAUUUCAACCAUAAGCAAAACUUUCGGGAAUAUUUCGACAAAGUGAAUUUUCCCACGAACAACAAAAAGCACACCAGUUCAAACAACAGGCUAGCAUCAUCCAGCAAACAAAACCUACAAAACAACUUUUACCCCGGAGCGGCAUCAGCAAGUCAUCCCGGUUUCCAAAACCAGUUCAUGAACAUGCCCAACCAAAACGCAAGACACAACAUCCAAGUACCGCAGUUCAACCCCCUGAUGACCCAGAAACCGGUCAACCAUCAAAAGCACGACUACCACCACCAGAAGCAGCACCACAAAUCCAACUUCGCAAACUACUACUCGCACCUGGCGCAGGAGAAACAGACGCAGCACAAACCUCCGGCGACGCCGACGACGACGAAUAGGCCGAAGCUGUCGUGCAAAGCGUUCGCGAACAAUUUCGAAAGGGAAAAGCCGGAGGUGCCGAAACAAACGGGCCAACCGAUCGAUCUGUCCGGUUGUGCCGUUCCCGCGGGCAAGCUUAAGGUCAAACAGCAUCUGAUCGACCCCGCGAACGCGGCCAAGCUGCUCAAGCACCACGACGACGUGCCGGAAGUCGGCAGCACCACCACCAGUCUCGAGGAGAUGCAGGACUCCCACAAACACCUGUGGCAUCCCCUGUUUGGAAACCAAAAAGGCUACAACAGCCCCUGGAAUUGGACGACGGUGACGGCGACGGGCGAAUAACAUCGGUUCCCACCUCCAACACACGCAAAUUGGAGGUCCAACAGUACGUACCAAGGGGUCAACGGCUCAUCAGCUGACGCCUCGUAUACAGGGUUUGACUUCGACUUCUUCAACAAGUAGGUUUAGGCCAGAGAGUUCGUUUAAUUUACAAUUUUUCUACUUGCUAAUUAGGACACUUUGUUAAGUUUCUUUUCGACCGUACUGACAUAGACCGAUCCAACGAUCCUCACGUGUUGAUUCAAGGUGCACGGAGUCCCACAUUUUCACUUUCCAUCGCGCCGAAUUUGGGUUAAUUCCAAGGGCGAAAAGUUGAGGCCGAAAACGGCGCGUCAUGAAUACAGAAAAUCUCGUUUGUGUAUCAAGAUUGUGGCGGUUGGCACUUUCCUGCAAUUCGAACGCACACGGUCGUGUCGGGGAAAACGACGGACGCAAGCUAAAAUCAAUACUUCCACGGCCCGACGAAGGAUUCCUGCUGCUACGCUGUUGCCGCGUUUUGUUUUGGCAGGAGACGGGAAGAAGCUCGGCUUGUCCCUUUCGAGAAAUAUCACAACCCCGUUUUUGAACCUUAAAAUUGAAGGUGGUGGACAAUUUAGACGAUGGUCCAGAAAGAAUUUUAUGAUUCAACCAUAAUCAUUCUUCUUAAGACAUUUUAAAGGAAAUUUAAUAUUUAAAGAAGUAACUUAUUGGUCAUACAUUGGAAAGUGAACAGUAAACAUUGUCUUUUUAAGAACUGAAUCAAGAUUCAGAGAUUUUGUGUUUGUAACAUCCUUUCUAAGACAUUUUAAAGAAAAAUUAAUGCCCAAAUAAUAAAAAAGCUACUACUCAAAAUGGGCCAAAAACAAAAAAUGAAGAGUUAACUUCAUGCCCUACAAUAUGACACUUUAAAGAGACAACAACACAAAAGUCCUUCCCCCCAUACACAAAUCAAAGGUGUCCGUGACAAUACCGAAAACCCGCUCCACAUUGUUGAUUGAAGUGACGCCGAAUUUGCAUUUGAAGUGAGCCGUUCGUGCCACAAUAGGAAGUGUAAUAUCCACGAAAGUAAUCGCCAUACAGUGUUUAAAAUUAAACUUAAAACCUCCGGCUUUCCAAGUCGGAUUGAACUCGUGACCCUGCUUGGGAUUCUAGGCGGCGUUGUCGGUUCGCGAGCGCCGUCGCCUUUAUUAAAAUCCGAUACGAUUCGGUGCGGCUCACGUCUGGAUACAAACACGUUGUUUUCUUUGGUUUUUACUGUCGAUUUUCGUCAAUCGAUUGUCACGGGAUGUCAAUAUGUCAUGCGGGGCACAAAUUUCUGAUGUCGACCUCAAAUUGUACGGUGCACAAAGGAAGUGCUUUAAUAAUUCAAGGUGAUUACUCUUACGAUUUACCUGGUGAUUACUCUUAUUAAGGAAACUGCAAGUAAAUAAUUUAAAAAUUUACGUGUCCAUUGGAUUAUUACUGGUUGAAAAUUACCCAGUAGUUUCAGAAAUGACAACAUUGUUAUUUAUUAAAACAAAUUGCUUUACAACUAUAUUUUAUAGAAACAUAAAAUUUAGGCUAUUGUCAAGGUAAUCCUGAAAAUAAAUUUUUACAAUUUUUUUGUCAAAAUUAUUUUUUGUUUUAUUUAAAAUUUUGUUGUCAAAUUGUGUCAAAGUUUGGAAAAAGACAACAUACUUAAUUAUGAUAUUUAACAGAAAUCAAACACUGAAUAUUUCUAAGAAAUAGUCCAAUUUGGACAGAUUUUUUAAAAAAAUUUUGAAAAACCAAUUUUAAUUCUUGCUUGUUUAAAAUUUUUAUUUAUUUAAAAAUUUGUCAGAUUCAUUGAAAUACUUAUAUAUAG